UAGCACUCUCGAGGGGAGCUCAUUGAGUAGUGGUGUAUAAGAAAGAUCUAUCGAAAUAGAGUGGUAGCGGUCUCUGAAAUCGACCCUCCUCUCUGAAAUCUGGAUCUUCCUCGUGUACAAAGAAAUUACCUUCGGACAUCCUCGGACGCUAGUGUCAAGGAAAUUUCAAACUAGAGGCGGAGAGGCACCGCAGACACGUGACGGAUUGGCAAGGCCAGUAGCCUGUGGUGGAGAUGGCGUCGCUUAAAUCGAUUACUUACCGUGAAAACUACAAAGGGUGUAAGCACGCACGUACCCUGACUCAGAAAAAAGGUCUUGAGCAACUGAAGGCGUUCAAGAAAUGCUCCCAGUAUUUCCGAGAGAAUAAGAGCGACUAUACACCAACUUGUCGAACGUGCGGAGAUAUAGGCGGUAACCUCCAUGCUUGCUUGACUUGCGCCUCCUAUCACUGCCGAAGGAAGGAGCACCUGAAACAACAUUACAAAGAAACUAAGCACGAGCUGGCAAUCGACGUGGCCAAUAAUGCUGUGUAUUGCCUUGUUUGCGGAGAGUACGUGUACGAUGUGGAUAUCGAUCGAGUGAUUAUAAAUGAGCAACGACAAGCUGCGUUAAGUGACCUUAAACGUUCAGAUCCCAGUAAUUUCCGGCGUACCGCAUUUUCCGAGUGGGUACCGGAUGGUACCGAGAAGGCGAUACUUAAUCAACAUUCCAAACGACCAAGGUUAACCGAAUACAGCUCUUUAGGUCUGCGCGGUCUCAACAAUUUAGGCAACACGUGCUUUAUGAGCUGUGUGCUACAAGCGUUUGUACACAAUCCACCGCUGCGCAAUUUCUUCCUCAGUGGAUCGCACCGUAAAGACCGAUGUAUGCGCCGAUUGAGUGGCGACUCCAAAGUGUGCCUAGUGUGCGAAUUAAAUCUCAUAUUCACGCAGUUCUUCAAAGGAGAGAUCAAACCAUAUUCACCACAUCAGUUGCUGCAUUCGGUGUGGACCCAUGCACAUCAUUUGGCGGGCUACGAGCAACAAGAUGCACACGAGUUCUUCAUCACAUUCUUAAACGGUCUCCAUCUCCAUUUUCAAGGGACAUCAAAAAACUGCAAGUGUAUCAUCCAUCGCAUUUUUACUGGCGCAAUACAGUCGGAUCUAAGGUGUUUGAGCUGCGGAACUGUCAGCGCUACAAUCGAACCUUUCUGGGAUAUAUCGUUGGAUCUUCAUUCGACAAAUAAUUACAAACAAGCAGGGAGCAGCGUUCCUCAGUCGCUUAUAGAGUGUCUGGAGAGGUUCACACAUCCUGAAAAGUUAGGAAGUGACUCAAAGCUUAUGUGCGGCACCUGCAAAAGUUUACAGGAGCGGAGCAAACAAUUAACUCUACUGCACUUGCCAGUCGUCGUUUGCUUCCAUCUCAAGAGAUUUGGCAGCUACUCGAAUACAUCUACGAAAAUCAAAACGAGGAUAGACUUCCCGUUGCAUCUGGAUGUCGGCCCAUACUUAUCCACAGAUGAACCAAGUGAAAUUUCAAAUCAAAAUGUUACCAUAAAUGGGAGGGGAAAAUGUACGCACCAACAAGGAAGUCUAUCUAAAACGAGGGCAGACUAUUCCUUGUUCUCUGUUGUGAACCAUCACGGCACACUACACUCUGGCCACUACACAAGCUUUGUCAGGCAUGCGGAUCAGCAGUGGUUCCGGUGCGACGACUCGGUAAUUACGCACGCUCGGGUAGAAGAUGUACUUACGAGCGAAGGCUAUCUUCUCUUCUAUAUCAAAGAUGAAUUGGAAUAUGUAGAGAAACCAGAACUACCUACCGGUUGAUUUUUUGUUGGGUGUUUAGCGAGCGGCUGUCAUUCCGCUGAGCCUAUGAUUGCCUCUGUGUGAUAAAUUAACUCGCACGCACAUCGACAUAUUUAAAUAAAUGUAGUUUACGUAAAAUGGCUGGGAAACUGAUUCCGUAAAGAGUUUUGAUAUGAAUUGUUUUCAGAGUCAAGACGGAGAGGAAACUCAUUAAAAAAAUAACGCAG